AUGAGUGACAUUUCUUGGCGGGACCGGGCCGCGGUCAAAGUGGCUGAUACCGCUUCCAAAAUCCCUCCUCCUUGGCGCCUAAAACCACAAGAUCUCCAGCGAGCAAAAGAGCAAAAGAACCUUACAGGCCCUUUCAUUGAGUCCUUUCUUUCCCAGAAUGAAGUGGAAAUCACUUCUUUGGCUAGCUGUGAUUUAGUUGAGAAGCUAGCCAACCGAACUUUGAGCAGUCUAGAGGUUUCAGAGGCUUACUGCAAGACGGCCGCCAUCGCUCACCAGAUCAGCAACUGUCUCCAUGAAAUAUUCUUUGACCAGGCUCUUCAGCGUGCUGCAGAGCUAGAUCGAUAUUUUGAAGAGAAUGGGAAGCCAACUGGAUCACUGCAUGGUCUACCCGUCAGCCUCAAGGACCAGUUCCAUGUAAAGGGUGUCGACACGACCAUGGGCUACAUUGGCUGGAUCGAUACGUUUGAAGGGGACACGGAUCCUAAACGAGUCCACAAAGUCGAGAGCCAGGCUGUCAGCGAGUUGCUGCGACAAGGAGCCGUUGUUUACUGCAAGACAAGCCUGCCGCAGACCCUAAUGUGUGGGGAGACUAUUAACAAUUUGAUCGGCCAGACUUUGAACCCGAUCAACCAGAGACUUUCAUGUGGUGGCUCAUCUGGAGGCGAAGGUGCGCUGCAAGCCCUGAGAGGAAGUUCGGUAGGCCUAGGAACCGAUAUUGGUGGUUCUGUGCGAAUCCCGGCGGCAUUCUGCGGCUUAUAUUCACUCAAGCCAACCCACAAUCGCAUAUCGUACCGAAAUGUCGCAAACACGAAUCCUGGCCAAUUAAACUAUGCCUCCUCUGUUGGGGUCAUGGGUACCUCGGUUGACUCAUUAAAGUUGGUGCUGUCCGCGUUGACCUCCACAAAGCCAUGGCUACGCGACCCCAAUGUUGUUCCGAUACCCUGGAGGUCAGAUAUCGAGAAGAGCACCCUAGAACGAGUCGACAGCUUGGGUAUGGCUAUUGAUAGGCCAGCCCUGAAGCUUGGAAUUCUUUUCAAUGACGGUUUUAUGACGCCGCAUCCACCGAUUGCUAGGGGUCUUCGCAUGCUCCGCGAUGCUCUCAUAAAGGCUGGCCACACCAUUGUGGAUUGGCAUCCACCUCAUCAUCAGCCGGCAGCUCACAUUCAUUUGCUGUUUCUUCAAUCAGAUGGGGGCCAUUAUAUUCACAAACAGCUGGAUCUUUCUGGCGAGCCACUCAUCCCUCCUCUUCGCGACAUCUUCAAGCUCAGGCCACCUGUGUCUGCCACCACCCUCGAAGACCUCAGCGUCCAGGGUCAAAAUGCCUGCGAGGCAUACUCGGACUAUUGGAACAGCAAAAGCGCCAACGAUGCCCAAGAAGUCGACGGCUUCAUCAUGCCUGUAGCCCCGCACGCAGCAGUCAUCCCCGGACGCUAUCUGUACACGGGAUAUACAGAGGUCAUCAACCUCUUGGACUAUACUGCUGCGGUGAUUCCUGUCACGACAGCAGACAAGUCAAUCGAUCUGAUCGAUCCAGGUCUUGUGCCUCUUAACGAAUUGGAUGCAAAGAAUUGGGCAGGCUAUGACCCAGAGGCAUACGAUGGCGCGCCAGUUGGACUGCAAAUUGUGGGCAGAAAGUAUGAGGAGGAGAAAGUAUGGGCUAUAGCGAAGAUUCUGGAUACUAUCCUCAAGAACUACAAGGACACUGGCAGGAAUGAGAGCACCACCGUGUAA